UUCAGUGCAACAUUCAUAUGCAAAAUGAUGAAGUUUACCUUGAAAAGAGCUUUAAUUCUCUGCAGCAUCAGCUGGAUCUCUGUCUCAGUGUCUGAGUCUCAGAUCGUGGAGGUUCAGCCUGGUGAAGAAGUCACACUGCAGUGCCCCAAUAUGACCAAAUAUGAUUCUGUGGUUCUCUGGAACAGACUGGUCAGCAGAACUAAGAUAAGCUGUAUCUCUGUUAUGAUCAGGUCUGAUGACACUGCUGAAUAUUGUGAUGGAUUUCAAAAUGGAGCAUUUGAAAUGAGAUCCAACAUCUCUACUGUUUAUCUCAAAAUCAAACAAGUGGAUUCAUCAGACUCUGGACUGUAUUUCUGUGCAUUCUACACAAGUGGACGGCUACUUUUCAGUGAGAUACAUUUAAAAGUUAAAGGCAGUGAUGAUGGAUCACAUGAUGACGUGGACGACACAUCUAAAAAAUGUGAGUGUGAGUCUGAUGGAAUAACAAAGUUGACGAGUGUGAUCCUGGCUGGUCUGACUGUUUUCCUUGUAAUGGUCAUCAUUGGUCUGCUGCUUAAAAUCAGGAAACUUAAGACAGCUGAAGAAGAACAGAAUCCACAACCAAGUGAGAAUCAGGCCUCUGAUGAGCUGAACUACGCUGCAGUCACAUUUCAAGCAAAAAGAAAAAGAAAGGUGGUGGAGCCAAAUGUAGUGUAUGCUGCCACCAGAUAGACUCAGGAAACAACUGGAACUGAUGCUUCAUCAUAUUAAUCUGCUUUGGGGCUUUUGUGUGUUGUUGUUGCUGAGAGGAAUAACAUCUCUUGCCAACAAAAAAAUCUCAUUUUGCAAUAAAGAUCAUUUUCAAUCACUGUCCUACUGCAGAGCUUUAAUUCUCAGCAUUUUCUUUCUCACAGUCAAAGUUUAUUUUGUAAAAACAUAUGAUUUGUGGUUGAUGGAGGAGGAGCCAGUGAGGACACUGAUGAUUGUCCAGAUUCUCUUAUAGUGUUAUAUUGAGGUCGGAUGAGUGAGUGAGGUGCACAUGACUUCUUUGAC